AUGGUGGACUACUACGAGGUGCUGGGCGUGCCCCGCCGGGCCUCCGCCAAUGCCAUCAGGAAGGCCUACCGCAAACUGGCGCUCAAGUGGCACCCUGACAAAAACCCGGAGAGCAAGGAGGAGGCCGAGAGGCGGUUCAAACAGGUGGCCCAGGCGUACGAGGUGCUGUCCGACGCCCACAAGCGGGAAGUCUACGACCAGUGCGGCGAGGGGGCGGUGCAGGACGGCGACGUGGGCGGCGGCGGGCUCUUCCAGGACCCGUUCCAAUACGUCUUCACCUUCCGCGACCCGGCCGAGGUCUUCAGGGAGUUUUUUGGUGGCCGGCACCCAUUUUCGUUUGACUUGUUCAAAGACCCGCUAAUUUUGGGGGGUCGGAGGAGCUCCCGGAGAAGCAGAAAUAGAGGGUCUGCACCCCCUUCCUCCGCCUUCAGUAAAUUCCCUGGGUUCGAUGUUUUUUCUUCUUCAAAUGCAGGAUUUAGUUCCUUUGCUGUUGAGAGGAACGGGGGCUCGUCUUCCUUCUCCAUGACUUGCGGCAACUGUGGGAUGGGGAACUUCAGGUCCGUGUCGACUUCCACCAAAAUCGUUAAUGGCAAGAAAAUCACCACCAAGAGAAUCAUUGAGAAUGGCCGAGAAAGGGUGGAAGUGGCGGAGGACAGAAAGUAA